UAUUUAAGUUCCUGUAAUGAAACCUGAGACUGAAAAAGUACUCAAUACAUGGGUAACAAAGACCUGAUAAGAGACUGGGGUUUUUUAUCACGUGAGCUACCUUGCAGAAGUUUCCACAAACAACAUGAACAAAGAUAUGAUAUGAAGGAGUUUCAUGGGCUGAGAUCUCCGGUACGGUGUGUGACUGUCACGUCCAGGCAGCGCCCAGGCCAGAGAUGGCUCCUGGUGGCACCUGCGAGCCGGAGAGCCACCGGGCGAGGCCUGGGGCGCAGAGCAGUGCUCAGCCCACGGAGCUCCCGCUGUGCUCGGACAAGGACGAAGCCACCGAUGACAAAUCACGGGUGAAAAUGUAGGAAGUAAAUCUGGACACCCACUCCUGGGGAGCCUAAGACCCCGCUUCUUGCCGGCUGGGUACAGACCCAGCUCAGGGCAAACAGGUGCCCUGCGGGCACGGCCCGGGGCAGCGGCAGUUCCUCGGCGCCUCGGGAACUGCCCCCCCCGGCCCUUCCCACCGGGCUUCCCGCAUCCGGCCCCGAGGGACCGGCCCGCGGGACCGGCGGGUGGGGGAGGCCGGGGGAGGUGGGAGGAGACAUGGGAAGGACUUCGGUUGCCACUACAAAUCUGGUGACAGACGCGCCGUCGGCACAUGGCGAUGGGCAGUUGCAGAUUGAAAUAUCAUGGGCAGAAGAUAGUUUGGAUGAUGUGUUUUGGCAGCAUAUCUCUGCAAUUUCAGUUUUAACAAUGGAUAAGUGUAAGCACGUAGGACGUCUGCGACUGGCCCAAGAUCACUCCAUUCUCAAUCCUCAGAAAUGGCAUUGCAUGGACUGCAAUACUACGGAGUCUGUGUGGGCGUGCCUCAGCUGCUCACAUGUGGCGUGUGGAAGAUACAUCGAAGAGCAUGCACUAAAGCACUUUCAGGAGAGCAGCCACCCAGUGGCGUUGGAAGUUAAUGAGCUGUAUGUUUUCUGCUAUCUCUGCGAUGAUUACGUUCUCAAUGACAACGCAACCGGUGACUUAAAACUCCUGCGGAGUACAUUAAGUGCAAUCAAGAGUCAAAACUAUGACUGCACUACCCGAAGUGGGAGGACUUUGCGUUCUAUGGGUACCAGUGAUGAUUCCUACCUUGCACACGGCGGUGCCCAAGCCAUGCUUCGGAAUGAAGACAGGAUGUUCACAGCUCUCUGGCACCGACGGCGUGCAGUCCUUGGCAAAGUAUUCAGAUCGUGGCUUGAGUUGACACCUACUGGAAAAAGGAUUUUGGAAGAAGAAAGACGUCAAGAAGAAGCAGAGCUAAAAAAGGACAAAGCUAGGAAGAGAAGACAAGAAAGAAAACGUGAGUUGAAAGCAGAGAUGGAAAAGAUGCCUCCAAGAAAGAGCAGUCGUUUACAAAAUCAGAUUAGAAUGUCCUCAAAACCAGAACCCUGCCUUCAAAAAACAUCACAGAACAUGGAAUUUUUGUCAGAGUUGAAAGAAACAUAUACCUCAGAAGAACUGAGAUUGAAAAAAAUAAGUGACUCUCCAAUUAAACGAAGGCCUACAGUGACUCCUGGAGUAACAGGACUGAGAAACCUGGGAAACACAUGCUAUAUGAAUUCUGUCCUGCAGGUAUUAAGUCACUUACUUAUUUUUCGAGAAUGCUUUUUAAAGCUUGAUCUCAACCAAACUCAGGAACUGCUGGUAACAGCAACCAAUGGUAAAACAAGAUCUUCAUCUAAACACCUGUCAAUAGCUGCCUCAACAUUACAGGUGAAUGAGAACCAAGAGAAAGUAAAGGGAUCAUAUUCUGUAAGGCGGCCUAGUUUGUCCUCUGGAUUAAGUGGAGGAGCAUCAAAAAGUAUGGAACUUAUUCAGACCAGGGAGCCCAGUUCAAAGCAUAUUUCUCUCUGUCAUGAGUUGCAUACUCUAUUCCAGGUUAUGUGGUCUGGUAAAUGGGCACUGGUGUCUCCUUUUGCCAUGCUUCAUUCUGUGUGGAGACUAAUUCCAGCCUUCAGAGGGUAUGCCCAACAAGAUGCUCAGGAAUUUCUCUGUGAACUUUUGGAUAAAGUACAGCAGGAACUGGAGACUACAGGGACCAGAUACCCAGCUCUCAUCCCUGCUUCUCAAAGAAAACUUAUAAAGCAGGUUUUGAAUGUGGUUAACAACAUUUUUCAUGGACAGCUAUUAAGUCAGGUUACAUGUCUUGCCUGUGACAAUAAAUCAAAUACCAUAGAACCUUUCUGGGACCUGUCCCUGGAGUUUCCCGAGAGGUAUCACUGCAAUGGCAAGGAGAUGUCGUCUCAGUAUCCAUGUCUGCUGACAGAAAUGCUGGCCAAGUUUACAGAAACUGAAGCUUUGGAAGGAAAGAUAUAUGCAUGUGAUCAGUGCAACACAAAACGAAGGAAGUUUUCUUCUAAACCAGUUAUACUCACAGAAGCUCAGAAGCAGCUUAUGGUGUGUCGACUACCUCAGGUUCUCAGAUUACACCUUAAACGGUUUAGGUGGUCAGGACGCAAUCACCGUGAGAAGAUUGGUGUACAUGUUAGUUUUGAUCAAAUGCUAAACAUGGAGCCUUAUUGCUGCAGGGAAUCCCUCAAGUCUCUCCUGCCUGACUGCUUCAUCUAUGAUUUGUCCGCUGUGGUAAUGCAUCACGGGAAAGGAUUUGGCUCAGGGCACUACACUGCCUACUGCUACAAUUCUGAAGGAGGAUUUUGGGUACACUGCAAUGAUUCGAAACUCAACAUGUGCACUAUGGAAGAAGUAUGCAAGGCUCAAGCCUACAUUUUGUUUUACAGCCAACGACUUACUCAGGCAAAUGGACAUGGUAGAGUCCCUUGUCCUAGCACAGCUGAAAGUCAGCAGCACACAGAAUUAGCUGGCUGUUCCAUGGACAACAGUAGCAGCUAAUCCAAAGCCAGUUAACUGUGUGUAUGGUAAAGGUUUAAAUUGUCAUAACUCUGUAUUUUUAAAAGGAAGUACAGUAUUGUACUUUUUCAAUGUUUAUAUAGUUUUGUAUUAGUUGAAGUACUCUUUACAAUGGUUAGCAAAGGUUUUUAUUGACAAUAAGUAACUUUCAAAGUACCUAGAAUUUCAAUACAGCUAUUUUUUUAAGGAAGAGAUUGCUAUGUGCAUUUAACUUUUACCUCAGGCUAUUUUUUUAAGCUGGUUUUGUAUUUUGAUAAUAUUUUUGAAUUGGUUUAGAAAAUUUACUUCAAUGGGCAACUGAUAUUUGUCUGGUUAAUUUUCUGUAUAUGCUUGUGUACAUUUUAUAGUAUAGUUCUAAUGAUACCGUGAUUCUUACUGUCUUGCAGGAAUUGCUACUAGGUCUUAGAAUAUUGACAUUCACCAGCAAGGAAUGUUAAAACAUGUCAGAUAGUAACUGAAUUUUUUGUAGGCAACUCUCUGUGAAAUUAUUUUGCAAGCUUGAAUGGCUAUACUGAAGAUACAUUGACAGAAUUUCUUAAAAUCUGAACUUGAGGAAAUAGAGCAUGAAGUUAUUUUCAUGUAAGUAUAUAAGAGGAGUGUUUAAUAUCACAAGAAUGUAUCUUUACCAAGACUUGCAUGUUUUAGCCUUAACAAACCUGACAACUUAAAGCUCAAGUGCCAAAUUAAAAGUAAUUUAACAACCAGGGGCUUUUUUAUUCCAAAAAUGUAAAAAGUUUUCUUAAACAAACAAGUAAAAAACUCAGUAACCCCCCCCAACAAUAAAACCACACUCACUCACCCCAUUGUCAUUGCUACAAGAACAUUAGCAUCCCUUUUCUUGAAUUGGACCAGCUUACUUUAAGCUGCAGCAAGCAUUGUCUGUCUCAGUCAUCCCUGAACAAACAGCUGAUGAAAAGCAGCUGCAAUGUUUGCAUGAAAGCAUUCUCGGUCUGGUUUCAUUACCCACAACUGCUGUACCUUAUACUACAUGGUCCUACCACUAGCAUUAACAGAACUGUGCAGUGAGGAGAAUUUAACAAGCAGGAAUUAUCAAUCCUCCACAUACAGUAGUUAAUGCCAAUUAAAUUUUAGUAGUGAAGUUAUUUUGUGUAAGUCCUAUGCAAAUUGUUACCUCAUCUUCUGUGAAGUUUAUACCUCAAUAAAAUGCCUUGAUAUGGAC